AUGGGCUCAGUCAAAUACACCCCUCCUCCUACACCCUCUCCUCCAGCAUCUUGUUACGCCAUGAGUGAUGAUGAUGAAGAUGAGUACAACACCAUCGCCCAGGUUGCCUCGAAAAGAGGGGUCAAGCUACUCUUCUCCAAAAGCAAGGUCUACGUCCACCCAACCGCCUCAUCCAAAGACAAUAUCCCCGGCUUCAUCGCCCUGAUUGAACAAAAAUCGACCGCGUCACAGGCAUCCACAUCCAACCCGAACAAGCCCAAUACCCCCUCCUACUUACUCGCAUGGGUUCCAGAGUCCUCACUCGGAGAUGCCUAUGAUACAUAUGUCAAAGUCGACCUUGCCGACGAUGACUCUCCGCCGCGCCAAAAAUACCUCGUUCCGCCACUUCCGACCACUACCACCUAUAAAGAUCCCAUCGGGCUGUAUUCGUUCGCAGUACCACUCUCAGAGAUCUACUCACUAUUAGUAAGGCCGCCGAGCUUGGGAUGGUGGUUCGGUAGCUUGGUGAUCAAUACGCGUGCGGGCGAUGGCUUCCCCGCACUGUUCUUCCACGACGACGAAUGCGAAUCCACAAUCUUGCAAAAGAAGAAGAGAGUUAGGGAAAGUUUUGACCCGUUCAGCAAUGAGGGAAGUUUAUUCUGGGGUGGCGAUGAAAUUCUGCGGUGGCUGCGCAGAUAUGUGGAGGUCGAGCGAUCAUCGGUGGAUCGCAACGUCUAUCUUAUCGACCCAUCGGCGGAAGAUCAGUUAUCUUUCGGUCGGCCAGUGAGUCAAGGAGAUCGGUCGUUGUCAGCUAAGGCGCAGCCCCAACCAGCCGCUACUUCUGCUCAGGCUGGAACGCCUGAUGCCAGUAUGGAUCCCUUCAUGAAGACCCUCAAGGAAACCAGGUGGAAAGUGCUGGAACAGCUCAGCAAGAUCACCACCUUCACCCGCCGGACGGCAAACGAUAUCGCCGAAAACCCUCGUAUACCACCUCAAAUGCGCCGUUUAAUGAAGAAUCCCGAAAUUCAGACCCUGCAAGAUGAGUUCGAUAGCGCCCGUGUGUAUCUGGCUCGCUGGGCGAUGAGCGUGGCCGAGCAGAGUGACAAAGAGCGCAAUGCACGUAUAUGGACCGCGCAGGACAUACUGGAGAAGGAGAACAGCUCGGUCGGCGAGUUUGAGAUCUUGGAGCUGGAGACCGGGAACCUAGGUCUCCAGGAGCGUCGCCGAGUUCUUCAGCUUCCGGAAUGGGAAGGUUUCUUCGAUCCAGUAUCGGGGAGGCUUCAAGUAACGAGCGAAGAAGUCAAAGAGCGCAUCUUCCAUGGAGGUCUGGAUCCCAAUGACGGCGUCCGAAAGGAAGCUUGGCUAUUCCUAAUGGGUGUAUACCCGUGGGACAGCAGUCGAGAAGAUCGACAGGCAAUGAUGAACUCCAAGCGGGAUGAGUACAUCCGACUCAAAGCCGGAUGGUGGGAGCGGAUGGUAGAGGGUAACUCGACCAUUGAGCAAUUCGAUCACUGGAAGGAGCAGAAGAACCGGAUAGAGAAGGAUGUUCACCGCACGGAUCGCACCAUCCCAUUGUUUGCGGGCGAAGAUAUCCCUCAUCCUGACCCGGAUUCUCCCUUUGCGGAAACUGGCACCAAUGUUCACCUGGAACAGAUGAAAGACAUGCUUUUGACGUAUAAUGAGUUCAAUCCAGAUCUUGGCUACGUUCAGGGUAUGAGUGAUCUGCUUGCGCCGAUCUACGCCGUCAUGCAGGACGAUGCUGUCGCCUUCUGGGCGUUCGUUGGGUUUAUGGACCGCAUGGAACAUAAUUUCCUGCGCGACCAAUCUGGAAUGCGUGGGCAGCUGCUGGCUUUAGAUAACCUCGUCCAGCUCAUGGACCCACAGCUUUACUUGCAUCUCCAGUCCGCCGAUAGCACCAAUUUCUUCUUUUUCUUCCGGAUGCUAUUGGUUUGGUACAAGCGCGAGUUUGACUGGAGUGACGUCUUGCGUCUAUGGGAGACGCUUUGGACCGACUACUACUCCAGUAGUUUCCAUUUGUUCAUUGCUCUGGCUAUCCUCGAGAAGCACAGAGAUGUCAUCAUGGACCACCUGAAACACUUCGACGAGGUGCUGAAAUACAUCAACGAGCUAUCUAACACCAUGGAACUCGUGCCAAUUCUCACUCGCGCCGAAUCACUAUUCAAGAGAUUUGAACGAUCAGUCCAGGCCAUUGACAAAAAGGACAACUUUCCUGCUGCCCCAACUGCUCACCAGCGUCGCCCAGGCGCCUCUGGCUCAGAUCCCUCAAACAAGGGCAAGUCACCUCGGCAGUCUGCCGCUGGUUCAAGCACCGGGGUUAGUGGGUCAUCUUCCCUUCAAAAUGCCGUGAACGCCGACAAGCCCAAGGUGAUCUCUCCUGAGCUCCGGGAACUGCUUCGCAAGGACAUCCCAUGGAGUCGACAACAGAAUUCAUAA